AAUGUCAAAAAUUUUAAUCGGUGACGAAGGCUUUAUCUUACUUUCCGAAAGUUUCGGAUUUUGAAACAAAUUCAAAAUGCUUUCAAGAUCUCUGCUGUUAAUAUCUAUAUUAUCAAUCACAUUUGUACACUCAAAGAAGAAUGUUAAUAACAGACCCAUUAUUGGGAUCUUAGCACAGUCGACGAAAGGGACAUCGGUCGAGAGUUUAGGACAGACAUACAUUGACGCAGCUUAUGUUAAAUAUGUCGAAUCAUCAGGCGGUAGGGUUGUACCCAUUAAAAACAAUCUUUCUCACGACGAACUGAGCAAUUUAUUCAAUUCGAUAAAUGGUGUUCUAUUUCCUGGCGGUGAUGUGGAUGUUGUUGAUUCUGGUUAUGCAAAAACGGGAGAGAUUAUCGUAAAGCUAGCGAAGAAAGCUUUUGAUAAAGGAGACUACUUUCCACUAUGGGGAACAUGUCUUGGAUUCCAAUUCCUGGCCACAGCUGUAAGCGGUACCUCAUCGAUUUUAUCGUCGAGCGAUGCAGAAAAUCUGGCACUGCCAUUAGAUUUUUCUCGUGGGUAUAAAGAAAGCAGGAUGUUUUCCAGCAUGUCAUCAAAAUUGGCUAAAUAUUUGAGUACGGCAUCAACCACGGUUAAUCUACAUAGAAACUGUGUCACGACAGAAUCCUUCGAUGGCAACAUGAAAUUAAAACAAUUCUUUCGAGUUUUGUCGACAAACUAUGACAGAAAUCAAAAGCAUUUUGUUUCGACAAUGGAGGGAAUCAAAUAUCCAUUCUAUGCAACUCAAUGGCAUCCUGAAAAGAAUUCAUUUGAGUGGACAAAAGCUCUAAAAAUCCCACAUGAAGCCAUGUCGAUAGAAGUCACUCAAUAUUUCUCAAACUUUUUCAUAAAUGAAACCAGAUCAAAUAAUCAUAAAUUCAAGUCAAUUGAAGAGCAAGAGAAGAAUAUGAUGUAUAAUUAUUGUCCUAUUUUCACAGGAAAUAUAUCAAACUGGGUUCAAACCUACAUUAUAUAAUAAUCUUUUAAGGGAAAUGGAGAAAUAUAAACUUUACAAGACAAACUACAUUGUGUUACGCAACAUAUUUUACGUUAAAGUGUCACUAUCCUAUAAUUUCACAUCUUUUGAAAAAUAUCAAUUUUUUACAUUAAUAUGAAUGGUCAGAACUUA